UGGCAACUUGAGAGAGCACUGUUCUGUUUGACCUCUUGUAUCUGUGAUGAUACAUUAGGGUAGCGUCUGCAUUGGAAUAGCAGCUAUGGAAAGAAGCAUGAAUUUUGACGAGAUUCUUUCUCAUAUCGGUGGCUUUGGCAAGUUCCAAAAGAUCUUGUAUGUGUGGAUUUGCCUCCCCCAGAUCCUGCUGGCGUUCCACAUGCUGAUAUCGGUCUUCACGGGGGCCGUCCCCCCUCAUCUCUGUCGCUCCAACAACACCACCUGGGCCUUGCCCGCCAGCUCAGACGCAUUCAACUUCAGCCUGGUUACGGGCCCAGACGGUGAACCUGACCUGUCCUGCUCUGCCCCUGGGGGGGUCCCUAGCACCCCGCUAGCCCAGCUGAAUCACAGCACUGCCCUGGCCCUUAGCGAUGACCACAUCACCGGGGUUUGUCAAGGGGGAUGGGAAUUCAGCAAAGAGACCUUCCACAGCACCGUGGCAACCGAGUGGGAUCUGGUGUGUGAUAAUGCCAAUCUGAACAACAUUGGUUCCUCAAUCUACAUGUUUGGUCUUCUGGUCGGCGCCGUGCUGUUUGGUUCCUUAGCUGAUAAGUUUGGACGCAGGAACAUUAUCCUGGUUGGUUUGACGAUCCAGUCAACCUUUGGGGUUGGUGCUGCUUUUGCCCCAAAUUUCUACAUUUAUGUCUUUCUGCGCUUUGUGGUUGGAACCACUAUUUCAGCUGUCAUCAUGAAUGCAUUUGUUUUAGGCACAGAGUGGACAGGAUCAAAGCACCGGAUGCUAGCUGGGAUCAUCACAGACUACUUCUUUGGAUUCGGCUACAUCAUCCUGGCAGGCCUGGCCUACCUCAUCAGAGACUGGCGCAAGCUCCAGCUGGCCAUCUCAGCACCAGGCUUCCUCUUCAUCUUCUACAUCUGGGUCCUACCCAAGUCGGCUCGGUGGCUAAUGGCCAACCAGAGGAACGAGGAGGCCAUGGAUCUGAUCAGGAAAGCUGCUCUGAUGAACGGCAAACCCCUGCAGGAGGACAUAGAGAUAUGUCAGGGGUACAACAAUAUGGUGAAGAUGGAGGAGAGGAAAAAGGACACAGUCAUUGACCUGGUCCGUACGCCAAAAAUGAGGAGGAAUUCAUGUAUCAUGUUUUACCUUUGGUUUGUCAACGUGCUGGUCUACUACGGCCUGUCGCUGAACAUCUCUGACUUUGGGAUGAACAUCUACCUGACCCAGCUGAUCUUUGGCCUGGUGGAGAUGCCCGCCAGGACCAUCACCCUCUUUACCCUGAACCGCUCCAGGAGGAUAUCCCAGCUAGUCUUCCUCGCUGUGGGAGGCCUGGCCUGCCUGCUAACCAUCUUCAUUCCUGAUGAUCUCUCCAUUAUUAGAACUGUCCUGGCUAUGGUGGGGAAGUUUGGGAUCACCGCCUCCUUGUCCAUCGUCUACGUCUACUCAGCAGAGGUCUUCCCUACUGUCAUAAGGCAGAGUGGAAUUGGUAUGGGCUCCAUGUGUGCCAGGGCAGGGGGAGUCCUGGCUCCCAUCAUCUACCUGCUGAGGGGUGUCAGUAAGAAUGCUCCCAUGGUGCUGUUUGGCCUGUGUACUCUGCUAGGUGCAGCCCUCACCCUGCUGCUGCCUGAGACAGCCCACCAGCCCCUGGCUGACACCAUUGAGGAUGUAGAGGGAUCCAGCAUCAGUGAGGAAUCAGAGGAAGGGAACAUGAAGCCAGCCCUCUAUGAGGAAUGUCCAACAAGGAACCCAGACAUCAUAAUCUGAAGAACCAGGAGUGGGACAAGGCACCAGUCCACUGAUACUUUGAGACCUGUGGUCCUGUCAUCUGGAGAACAUCUAAGGGAAAAUACCAUUCCUCCCAGGAACUCAACUGUGCGUUGUAAGAUAUCUGCUAAGAGUGUUUGAACAAAUGUGUAGCUUGUAAAGCUAUUUCCUAUUUUGUACAUAAGACAUUGAUGUCACUGAACUGACAUUUUAUACCGUUUUAUUUUAUAUUUAAACAUUUUUCUUUUGUUUUGAAGAUAUGUACUAUAUAUUGAUGUUUUAUAGUGACUAUCAGUUCACAUUUAGAUUGAAGUACAUUAGUAACAGUUUAUUUAUGCAUCAAAUAUACAUUUAUCAGAUUCUGUAAAUACUGUCAAGGACACACCAUUGUUUGGUGCCAAUAGCCUUGUGCUCUUUUUAUCCACAUUUCUUUGAUGGUGCAUCCCUCUUCCUGAACUGGAACUCACUCCCGUCCUGUCUGUUAUCUAGUAGGUCUUCCUGAAUGCCUGUCUUGUCUGACUAGGCACCCCUACAGUACUGUUCAUACCUAACAGGUUCACCUUAAGAUGUUAGCUCAGUUUCAGCCAACGAAUGCCGUACUGUUCAUCAUGCAUUGUGAUUUUGUAUAAAGUGACCACACUGUGAACGAGCAUAGAUAACAACUUAUGCAAACUAUCACACAUAUGCAAGAUGAAUAGCUAAAUAUGUUUUUAGAUUUGAAGAUAGAAUUGUGUUUACUUGGUGGAUUCUGUACUAGACAUUCCUAACUCUCAAUUUAGAAGUGAAUGUGUUUGAAGUUGAUGUUGGUCUGUGAUCAUGAUGAGGUUUUUAAAAGUGUGCACUCUCCAGAACAGCAGGCUAUAGGACAACUGCUCCACAGAAUGCUUGUCAGAAAAUCAUGCUGAAAUUCUAGCCAUCUGCUGGCAGCCUCCUACCAACCAGGGUGUGAAAACAGCCAUGGAAUCUCAAAUGCCCAUGUAAUGGAGUUGAGAACGUACCGUUCACUCCACAGCAAACUUGAAAUGUCAAGGAUAGGAGCUAUAGAAUAAGAUAUUUUCUGGUGGAACGUUGUCAAGGAGGAUGGUGAUGUGUGUUGCGAAGCAGAGGAUCACUGGUUCAAGCCCAGUAUGGGGCAGUCAGACACUGGAGGAAGCUAAGCUGUUAGCAGCACACUGACCCCCGGUACAGCCAGUGUCAGCUCCAAGAUUACCCAGUUAAAGGUCUCUAUACGGUCAUCAGAUGAGCUGUGGUAUCUGUAAAAAGCCCUUACACAAGACAAAGAUGCCCUUAUUCAAGACAAAGAUGGAUGGACUGAAUCAUAAACAGUUAUGAUAGUGUUGCUCCAAGUUAGGAAGCCCUCUCUUCAAACAUGAAGUUUACAUUCCACAUUUACAUUACAUUAUUAACAUUUCAGCUGAAGGCUUUCAUUCUGAGUGCUUACAGUCAGUAUAUAAAGUAUAUUAUAAACUGGGUGGUUCGAGCCCUGAAUGCUGAUUGUCUGACAGCCGUGGUAUAUCAGACUGUAUACCACAGGUAUGACAAAACAUUUUUACUGCUCUAAUUACGUUGGUAACCAGUUUAUAAUAGCAAUUAGGUACCUCUGGGGUUUGUGGUAUAUGGCCAAUACAUCACGGCUAGGGGCUGUAUCCAGCCACUCCUCGUUGCAUUGUGCAUAUGAACAGCCUUCAGCUGUGGAAUAUUGGCCAUAUACCACACCCCCUCGUGCCGUAUUGCUUAACUGAACCGCAGCAGUAACACCAGAGAGACAGAUCCGAGUUUGAGAUCUUUCACAUCGGGUGGAGAAGAAUAGAAGGCUGUUGUGGUGACAUGCUCUCUCUGUGGUACUUUGGGUGGAUCUUAUUAGUUUUAUGGCAGUGGAUGAUUUGACAGGCAUCAAUUGUUCCCCUGUCAUUGUAAGGCUUAGGAGAUCAAAGCCGCACAUUCUUGUUUUAGAUGAAAUCAAAUCAAAUCAAAUUUAUUUAUAUAGCCCUUCGUACAUCAGCUGAUAUCUCAAAGUGCUGUACAGAAACCCAGCCUAAAACCCCAAACAGCAAGCAAUGCAAGUGUAGAAGCACGGUGGCUAGGAAAAUCUCCAUAGAAAGGCCAAAACCUAGGAAGAAACCUAGAGAGGAACCAGGCUAUGAGGGGUGGCCAGUCCUCUUCUGGCUGUGCCGGGUGGAGAUUAUAACAGAACAUGGCCAAGAUGUUGAAAUGUUCAUAAAUGACCAGCAUGGUCAAAUAAUAAUAAUCACAGUAGUUAUCGAGGGUGCAGCAAGUCAGAACCUCAGGAGCAAAUGUCAGUUGGCUUUUUUAGCACGUCCGGUGAACAGGUCAGGGUUCCAUAGCCGCAGGCAGAACAGUUGAAACUGGAGCAGCAGCAAGGCCAGGUGGACUGGGGACAGCAAGGAGUCAUCAUGCCAGGUAGUCCUGACGCAUGGUCCUAGGGCUCAGGUCCUCCGAGAGAGAGAAAGAAAGAGAGAAGGAGAGAAUUAGAGAGAGCAUACUUAAAUUCACACAGGACACCGAAUAAGACAGGAGAAGUCCUCCAGAUAUAACAAACUGACCCUAGGCCCCCGACACAUUAACUACUGCAGCAUAAAUACUGGAGGCUGAGACAGGAAGGGUCAGGAGACACUGUGGCCCCAUCCGAUGAUACCCCGGACAGGGCCAAACAGGAAGGAUAUAACCCCACCCACUUUGCCAAAGCACAGCCCCCACACCACUGAGGGAAAUAUUCAACCACCAACUUACCAUCCUGAGACAAGGCCGAGUAUAGCCCACAAAGAUCUCCGCCACGGCACAAACCAAGGGGUUUGUGAUGAAACAUGAAACACAGGGUUUGCCUUACAGUCAUGUAACCAAACGACUGUAAUAGGCCUAUAUGUUAAGUAACAGUAGUCAACAGGAGUCCGAUGUGUUGUGUUAGUGAUCACUGCCACUCUCUGGAUGAAAGUGGUACUUGCUUCUUGUCUGACAUCAGCUGCUGUAUAUGCGGUAAGUACUGUAAUGGGGCACAAGCAUGAUGACCACAGAGAUUGUGUUACAACAUGUGUAUUUCCUGAAUCUGUAGAAUCAGUACUUUUAUACAAAUGUAUUACAAAUUUACAAAAUCAAAGUAAAAUUGGGAAGUUAUCCAUGAUGUGAU